AAGCGUCAUUAGUGUUCCAUCUUGUCCAAGCAUGCAGUUUUGGAAACAUCGUUCUCCGUGAUCACUUGUAAGGUUUUAUUCCUUCUUGCAGGAGAAAACCAACUGAUUUCAUUUUAUUACAGUGGACAGCGAGAUAGCUUGAUCUUAUAGCAAAUUUAGCUGUCAUUUAGCGAAAAUAAAUAAUAAAUCAGAAGUUUGGCUGCGGAAGCUUAAAACAGUUGUUGGAAAGUUAUCAAGGGACGCAACUCAACUGUACAAAGGGAGAUAAUUUUGAUUGUUUUUGUCCAAUUUUAAUAUCGGGACAUGUGACACUAUAAAACAACAGCGACAUUUUAGCGACAUUUUAGCAAAAAAACUUUGCCAGUUUCAACAAAGGAAAAUAAUUGAUAAGACAUCGGAACAUAAUUCUUGUAAUGAAGGGACAUAAUUCUGAUAUCAAAAGGGCAUAAUUCAGGAAAUUAAGUGACAAUUUUCAGGCAGCAAGGGACAUAAAUUAAGUUAUUCAAGGGACAUAACUCAGUAAAUCAAGGGACAUAAUUCAGUAAAUAAUUCAGUAAAUCAAGGGGUAUAAUUCAGGAAAUCAAGCGACAUACAUCGGGUAACCAAGGGACAUAAUUCUGGAAUCAAGAGCCCUAACUACAGAGUGGCAAUGUGUGACUCGGAUGAGAAUGACUCUAUGGACGGCAUGUAUGCAGUAGAAGACACUUGGAUUCAGCAGGAAGAGCCUGACAACAGCCUUGAGGAUGGCUGGGACAUGACGCAGCUGAAGGAGGAUGAGUUUGAGGAGUUCUGCGUCUACAUCGUGCACGACCGCGCAUGCGAGAAAGUGUGUCGAAACCGAGCACAGGCCUCCCUUCCUCGCAACCUUACCCUGAAACCAUCCCUUACGCAGCCAGAUAAUGCUCAGGGAGUGUGGAGUGUGGACUACAUUCCGCGGGGAACUAGAUUUGGCCCGCUUAACGGCAUCAUCACCCCUGAAGAACCUGUGCGCCGAGGUGAUACAAACAGAAUAUGCUUGUGGAAGAUCUUCAAAGACAACAGGACAUGUAAAUACAUGGAUGUCGGAGACACAAGUCGUAGCAACUGGAUGCAUUACGUCAACUUCAGCUACAAUUCCAAUCAGCAAAACCUGAUUGCCUGUCAAAUUGAUUUCAACAUCUACUUUUACACGAUAAAACCGAUUCCUCCUAACACAGAGCUACUAGUCUGGUACUGUCGGGAGUACGCGGAGAGACUCAACGUCCCAAAAACCGGGGAAGAAAUGCUUCAGGCUUGGAAGCGCCAGAUUGUUGGUCAGCCCACACCAAUGCCGCUGCCCACAUACAUUGAAGAGCGCCACUUAUGUCUCAACCGCCACCCCCUCCCUUCCCCUCAGGGGUCAUCACCCUCCAAAGUCAAGGACAGGAGUCAUGGGGUCAAAGACGAACACUGCGACAGUGACGACAGUGGCGUUCGUGAGGAUGGGUAUGCGAUUGAUUACAGCCUGCAUAAACGUGAUGGGAGCCCCACCAGCGAUGACUUGGACCAUGGUAUUCAUGGAAAAAGGAGCUCUCUUCACUUGGACGACUCCUUGUCACCAUUUAAGAGCCCUAAGUUCAACUUUGGCUCAGGAAGUGCCUUUACCAGCAAGAUCUCACCUAUAGCCUCUGUGAAAAGCAGCUUGCCAAGCAUCAUGGCUCCCUCGCCCAUUAAACCUCAUUUCAGCACCCCAAAACGAAGUCUCAGCUCUGGAUUCUAUGAAAAUCUGUUCUUGAAGAAAGUAAAGGAGAACAGUGAAGACUCAGAUGAAGGGAGACAUAAAUACAAAGAGCCGAAUGUGAGUCAAGGACAAGAUUUCAAGCCUGACAUUAAAGACAUUAAUAAGUCUGAAUCAGACAAAACACCAGACACUGACUCUAAGGAUAUCAAGAUUCCAACAUCUGAACCCUUUGCUCCAUUGCCUCUGAAGUUUCCUGGAAUGAUGAUGGACAACAAACCAAUGAAUCAGAUGAUGAACCCAUUUCUGGGUCCCAACCCUGAGGACAUGUAUUCUAAGUUCAUGCCUGGGUCAAUGGGGAAGAUGCCUCCGGGCCCGGGUCCCAUGUAUUUCCCUCCUGCGGGCCUUCCCGGGAUGUACCCUUUCAGCCCGAUGUUUCCAUAUGGGCCUUACCAACAUCUGCCGUGGCCAAUGUUCCCCCCUGGCUACCCUCCAAUGAGCAUGGGUGGCUCCCAGCCCCCACUCCCCCAUCCGGCGCCCCAUCUCCAACAGUCACCAUUUCCCCGCCCACCUACCUCAGGGGCACCCAGUGGGGAAUCACAAAUUCUCAACCUUAGCAAGCCUAAGUCUAGCUUUGAAGCUCGCGGCCACAGAUCCUUGCCUUACCCUCUCAGGAAAAAAGAUGGUAAAAUGCUUUACGAAUGCAAGUUUUGCAUGAAAACAUUUGGACAGUUAUCAAAUCUCAAGGUUCAUCUCAGAACCCACACUGGCGAGAGGCCUUUUAUCUGUAAGACGUGUAACAAGGGGUUCACCCAGCUCGCUCACUUACAGAAACACCAUCUGGUGCACACGGGUGAGAAACCUCAUGAAUGCUCCGUCUGUCACAAGCGCUUCAGCUCCACCUCAAAUCUCAAGACACACAUGCGCUUACACAGUGGCGAAAAGCCUUUCCAGUGUAAACUCUGUCCAGCUAAGUUUACCCAGUUCGUCCACCUGAAGCUUCACAAGAGGUUACACACGAACGAACGUCCGUAUGAAUGUCCACAGUGCAACAGGAAAUACAUCAGCGCGAGUGGGCUGAAAACACACUGGAAGACUGGGAACUGUAUUCCCUCAGGGCUCAGUAUGGACUAUACCAUGCUGAUUCAAAGAACAACAGAGGCUGCUAUAAAAGAGAUGAGCGAAUUUGGUGAUAUGCAUGACAUUGCUCUGAUCGAUAAUGGUGAAUAUGAAAAAUUUGAUAAGGCUUCUGCAGCAGAUAAAUCAAUCAGAAAAGACUUGGAAAAUGGCAGUGAAAAUCAAACUGAUGAAAGAUUACAUUUUGAGUCAUUGAACAAAGAUAGGGAAGACUCAAUGGACAACUCUGACAUGAUAAAUUCUAAGGCAGAUUCCUCUAGUCGACCUUUGACCCCCAAUAGUGCUACAUAUGACAGUUACCAUAGUGAUGACCUCGAUGAGGAAGACGAAGGUCACAUGUCACCAGUAGGUCAGAAUGACCUUGAACAUUCAAAUCAGUCUGCACUCUCUCCGACCUCUGACUUUUCUCAAGGUCAGCAGAUUGACCUAUUUAGGGAAAGAAUGAAACAAGCGAUGGAAAAUCCUGAUAACAGCUCCAUACUUCAUCAAUCCUUACAGCAGAAUCAGCUUCAUUUUCAGCAGCCAUUAGAUUGCUCAACAAACUGUUAAAGUCACAACAGUACAUGUUAUAGUUUUACUGACAGUUUUUUUGUACUAUUUUAGAAUCUAAUUGUACAAAUUAGUACACAGUGUACAUGACAUGACAAGGAUUUGACUCAUUCAAUUGAAUAAUGCAUAAUAGUUCAUUACAUCUCCAUCUGAUAAUCAUUGUAUUCAUAUCAAAACAUAAUUAUGUAGGUUUAGUUGGAAUCAUAUGUUUGUAUUUUUUCAUUUUUUUGAUAAUCUCAUUUGAUAUUUAUAAGAGUCGGUAUUCAUUAAACACCUGAAGUCAUUUCCGUACUUAAAUCUUUUCCUUACUACAGUAUCUCACUAGUGAGAUUAUAUAUAAACUUAAUAAUACCUUAAAUACUUCAUUUUCGUUACUUCUAUGUAAUAAACAAUCUGUUAUGUUGUAAAAACAGUAACUGUUGUACCUUUUUAAGAUUUGACUAUGAACGUUUUACGGCUGUCAACUUAAGUUAAGAAAUUACUUAAGAUGUAUUAUGAAUACAGGCUUUGAUCAUUAUCAUUCUUUGAUCAUAGUGAAGUCUCAUAUAGUUUUUCUUGUAUGUUAUUUAUGAUCGCCAAAUGACCAAAAAUGUCUGUGCAAUGUCAUGGUUAUAGAACAAUCAUUUAUAGUUGUGUAACUCAUUUGUAAUUCAUUCACAUAUCUUAAUGGACCAAUGUCUUAAUUAUUCAGGGUUAUAUUUAACGUUUCGCAGUUUAUUGGAUAAUUAUUGUCCCUUGCAUUUGCAAAAUGUAAAAAAUUGGAAGUGAAUAAUAACAAUUAUAAUUAAGAUAAUAUUAAUAAUAAUAAUAAUGAUAAAAAUACAAUAAUAAUGAUAAGAAUGAUAAUGAUAAUGAAAUAAAUAAUACAGAAUAAAGAUUUGCAUUUGAAUGUAGCAUGCCUGUUAGAAAAAUGUGAAUGCAAGUAUGAGAAAUAAAAACAAAUCUUAUUAUAUUACAGAACACAUUCUUUGAUUUCAAGGUGUUUGUACAUUAUAUUUAUAUUAUUUAUAGUCUGUGUAUUGAACAUGUUUGUUAGGUUUUGUUGGUUUGAUUUUAAAGUAUUGAUGUGUUACUAACUUAAUGGUUUUCAUUUGUUCUAACUUAUUUAAUAUAGCCAAAAUAUAUUGCUAUUUCUAAAAGAAUAAUAACUCAUGAUUUCGAGGAUGUAUAGUUCUCACUAUUUGCAUUUGAAGGCUCGCCAUUCUUGAGCGUGAAGGUAUUAUCAAAGCCCUUGAUGUUGUUGUCAUUUUAAAUCUUUAAUAUGCUGUAAUUUUGAAACAACAUGAUAUUAAUAUGAAACUUGUUACACAGAACAGAACAUAGGUAAAAAUGAAAAAUAGUUAAGCAAGUCACAUAACUCUAGCUUAAUACUUGAGUUGUGUCCCUUGGAAAUUAGAAAAAAAAAACAGACAAGCAUCAGAAUCCGCAUGCUGUGCUCUUGUUUCAAAUGAACAGUCCAUGAAAACACUACAGUAACUUUUUUCCAGGUUAUAAAAUACAUUUUAUCUUUGAAAAACGGCGAACAUUUUGCAGGAAAAAAAAAGAAAUUAAUUUCUUAAUUGAAAGAUGGGUUGUAGAAGCAAGACUAUCUACUUGAUAAGAUUUGCCAAAAUCAGUGAAAUUUUUCAACAGCAAACUGGUAUAAAUCUUAUCUACUGAUUGUGUCAUGAUUAUUUGGGUGAAAAUGUAAAUAAUUUCUCCAAAAAUGUUACAGGGCUUGUCUGUUAUGAUGUAACUGUUUGAGUUUGAUGCAUAUAAUCUGAUUAAUCUCACAUGGUCAAUUAGCUUUACUUUUGUCAUUAAUUUUGCACCAGCCUAAAAUGAGUAUAAGAAAUAAUUUGAUUUUUAACAGAAGACCAAACUUGUCUUUUACUCAAAAGUAUAAUUUUUUAAUCAUACUUCAUUUUAUCUGUUGGCAAAUGAAUUUUUUUCAAGUUUUAAAGAUAAGACAUCCCUUCCAGAACACUGCAGGAAAGCAUAAUUACUUACCACUGGUAAUCUUAGUCUAAGGAAAAACACGGAUGAUAGUUUGAUGAAAAUUUAGUUAAUUUUACAAUUAUGACAUUUGCUUGUAUUAUGGAUAGUGCAUGAUAAGAAAUUUGGCGCCAUUUCAUGUAUAUGCGUAACAUCUGCAAAAAGGAUAGUUCUCACAAAUCCUAUGUAAAUAUGUUAAAAUUAAAGACUCUUCAUGAUGCAGUGGUUUUAAUUUUUGUCCUUGUAUAUUUUUGGCAAUGUUGGUGCAGUAAGUGGUGAAAUUGUUGACAUAUACCCUAAUUACUAUCAUUAUUAAAUUUAAUAUGAGAUCAUGUGUUUAUUUCAGUAAAUUUGAAAUGGUCAUCAUACCUGCUUGCAUUUAGUAUCACGCAUAACUACUGGUAUAAUAUCUGUAUCUAUAUUUAAUAUAAUAAGCGUGCAAUGUCCUUAAACUUUACUAGUUCAUCUGCUCCCAAUCUGAGACCGUCCCGAGGUAUUUUGAUUUAAGCACUCGUUAUUCAAUCACUUUUAUAUUUUGUUAGAAGAGAUAGAUGCUUUAAUUUUUACUUGUUGAUAUUUUGAAACAUAACUUUUGUUCAUGUUUACUUUCAUAUCAUGUAUUCUACUAUUCAGUACACAUGGUAUUUCCUGCAGUUUCAUUUAACAAGUGUUUACGUUUUGCAGCUGAUAAUAAGAUCUAUUUUUUUCAUUCAUUUUCUGAAUAUCAUAUGUUUUUAUACUUUAAAGAUGCCGAUUACAUUUUUGACCAUCGCUGACUAUUAUAAAUGUCUCAAUUAACAGUUUACCUUAGUAAUGUGCAUUUAAUAUAAUGUAACUUGUAUGUACAAUUAUUUAAGUCAUAUUUAUACAUUAUAAACGGAACACAUAUAAGUUGUAUUUAAAGUGUUGUAUUUGUGUUUGUAUAAUAGUAAAUACCCGAGUACCACUACAUUGUAUUUCUGAUUGUUUUGUGUUAAGAAAUAAAUGUGUAAAACAAG